AUAUAUUUAUAUUUAAUAUGAAAAUAUAGUUUCCUUACUUUGGUAGGCUUUGAUUGUUUAUUAUCUUCUCUCCUUCCAUCUUCUUCAUUCACAUGAUAUGGGAGUAUGACCUAGGGUUUGAAUUCCAAAUAUCUCCUCAUCAAUGACUUGCCAUACCCAAUUCAGUGUACAGAUCUUUCCGCUAUCUUAUUGCAAGCCCUUCAAAUUUGUACUGUAAGGGGCCUUGUAGCUAGGUUUUUUUUUUUGGUUUUAGGGUUUUGUUUUGUUGAAAGGUGUAGAAUAGAUAUGGAAGACGGUGUGUUUGAGGGUGGUGGGGCUGGUAUUCAUGAGGCUUCCAAUCAUCCGGAUCUCAACCAAUUUGGAGAUACUUCCACAGUAUUUGAUGCUUCACAGUAUGCAUUUUUUGGUAAAGACGUCGUUGAGGAAGUUGAGUUGGGUGGAUUAGAAGAUGAAGAUUUGCCUGUAGCUGGGUUUGAUGAAGAGGAGUUCCUGUUAGACAGGGAGGAGGGUGAAGUUCUAAGGUCUUUAUCUGAUAUUGAUGAUCUUGCUAGUACUUUUUCAAAGUUGGAAACAGGUGUUAGUGGACCAAGAAAUGCAGGAAUUAUUGGUGAUAGGGGAUCCAGAGAAAGUUCUUCAGCUGCUGAAUGGGCACAGGAAGAGGAUCUACAUUACUGGUUUGAUCAACAUAUGUUUGAGACUGAAAGCCUUCAGGAUGGCAAAAGAUGGUCAUCACAGCCCCAUGCUUCUUCUGCCCAUCUCUCAGAAUUGAAGCCUCUGUACAGAACUUCAUCAUAUCCUGAACAGCAGCAGCCACAGCAGCUCCAGCAGCAUCAGCAGCAGCAGCAUCACUACUCUAGCGAACCAAUUCUAGUGCCAAAAUCUUCUUUUACUUCUUAUCCUCCCACAGGGGGCAGAUCCCUGGAGGGUUCACCAAAUCAUCAUUCACGCCACAUCUCUCAUCUUUCCGGCGGACCCCAGAUUGCAUUAUCUCCAUCAAACCUCCCUCCCUUUUCCAACCCUCAGCUUCAAUUGCCCAGCUUGCAUCAUGGGUCCCAAUUUGGUGGAAAUUUACCUCAGUUUGCUCCUGGUCUCUCUGUUAAUAGCCGACCACCAAGCCAAUGGGUCAACCAAACCAACAUAUUUCCUGGAGAUCAUCCCAGUAUCUUGAACAAUUUGUUACAACAACAAUUACCUCAUCAAAAUGGGCUAAUGCCUCCACAGUUAAUGCUGCAACAGCAGCCACAGCAGCAUAGACUGCAUCAUCCAGUUCAGCCUUCAUUUGGUCAUUUAUCAGGGCUGCAGUCCCAACUAUUUAAUCCCCAUCUUUCCCCAGCUCCACCCAUCAUGAACAAAUAUGAAGCAAUGCUUGGGAUAGGUGAUCUGAGGGAUCAAAGACCCAAGUCAAUGCAAAAAGGUAGACCGAAUCAUCGGUUUUCUCAACAGGGCUUUGAUACUAGCAGUCAGAAGAGUGAUGUUGGGUGGCCACAGUUCAGAUCCAAGUAUAUGACAGCUGAUGAAAUCGAAAGUAUCCUUAGAAUGCAGCUUGCUGCAACACACAGUAAUGAUCCAUAUGUGGAUGAUUAUUACCAUCAGGCUUGUCUUGCAAAAAAAUCUGCUGGAGCAAGAUUGAAGCACCAUUUCUGCCCAACUCACCUGAGGGAACUCCCUCCCCGAGCCCGUGCAAACAGUGAGCCACAUGCUUUUCUCCAGGUUGAUGCUCUUGGAAGGGUUCCAUUCUCAUCCAUCCGCAGACCCCGUCCUCUUCUUGAAGUUGACCCUCCAAAUUCAUCUGUUGCUGGCAGCACUGAACAGAAAGUUUCUGAGAAGCCUCUGGAACAGGAACCGAUGCUUGCAGCAAGAGUCACUAUUGAGGAUGGUCUUUGUCUUCUCCUUGAUGUGGAUGACAUAGAUCGGUUUUUACAAUUCAAUCAGCUCCAGGAUGGUGGGACUCAGUUGAGGCGGAGACGGCAGAACCUGCUGGAAGGGCUCGCAGCAUCACUUCAGUUGGUUGACCCACUUGGGAAACCUGGUCACACCGUUGGGCUGGCUCCCAAGGAUGAUCUUGUGUUCCUACGGUUAGUUUCACUUCCCAAAGGUAGGAAGCUUCUCUCAAAGUAUCUCCAGCUACUCUUUCCAGCCGUUGAGCUCAUCCGAAUAGUCUGCAUGGCCAUUUUCCGCCAUUUAAGGUUUUUAUUUGGGGGCCUACCCUCUGAUUCUGGAGCGGCUGAAACGACCACUAACCUCUCAAGGGUCGUUUCCUCAUGUGUUCGUGGAAUGGAUCUCGGUGCUCUAAGUGCUUGUUUUGCAGCAGUGGUUUGUUCAUCAGAGCAGCCUCCCCUUCGUCCUCUUGGAAGCUCUGCUGGUGAUGGAGCUUCUGUAAUACUAAAAUCUGUGCUUGAACGGGCAACUGAAAUUUUAACCGAUCCUCAUGUUGCUGGCAACUGCAAUAUGAAUAAUCGAGCCCUGUGGCAGGCCUCUUUUGACGAAUUCUUUGGCCUUCUUACCAAGUACUGCUUGAACAAAUAUGAUAGUAUAAUGCAGUCAUUGCUCAUGCAGGCCUCUUCAAACAUGACAGCUGUGGGGGCAGAUGCAGCUAGAGCCAUCAGUAGAGAGAUGCCAGUCGAGCUCUUGCGUGCAAGUCUUCCACAUACCAAUGAGCACCAGAAAAAGCUGUUACUGGAUUUUGCACACCGCUCCAUGCCUGUAAUGGGAUUUAAUAGUCAGGGUGGCGGCAGUGGCAGUCAUGUGAAUUCUGAAUCUGUUCUGAGUUGAUGCAGAAUCAUGGUGAAAUUUGACAGAGCUAGAGAAAAAGGAUUUCUUAAAAAGCAAGUGUCAGGAACUAGUGAUACUGGUGGAUGUGUUGCCUGCAUGCUUCCACACUCAAUCGAAUUAGGAGCAGCCUUGUGCAGUGAAGAAAAGCUUAAAGGGCAAGGGCAUGUUGUGAUCGGAGUCAGUUUAGAGAGUUAAGAUUUUCUUGUUCAUUCUGUCUCUUCCCUCAGAACUUUUGAACUGCUUCAUGGGGAGAAUAUCUGUAUUAUGUUGAAACACCCAUCUUUUUUUUUUCUUCGUCCCUUUUCCCUUUUCUUUUUUUCAAAUGGGGGAGCUUAUUAUAAUGCUCUGUCAUGGAACUCCAGAUAAAAAACUGGAGGCUUAGGAGGUGUAGAUGUACAGGGUUCAUUACAGAUUACUUGCCAUGUUCCUCCACUAUUAGUUUCCAGGACAUGGGAAGGAUUUUGAGCACGUCCAUCUGAAAGUGGUGUAUUUGAUUUGCUACUCUACUGGAAUUGGCCUGGGUUCUGUGAGAACGUCGUUUGCCGUGUUUUUAGACGGUUUGAUGGAAGUGUUCUUUCUUUGAACCUUCCUUUCAGUUUUCGUUUUCAGUAUCUUGUUCUCUCUUCCAUGUAUUAUCUACUGUAGACAGUCUCUAUUUGGUCUCUUUAAUGUUCAAAUGGUGCAUCCGUCCGGGGGGGUUCUUGCUCUGCAA